GCUGGGCGGGGUGCGCGUCGCUGCCGGCCCCACCUCCUACGGCAAGCCGGAGGUAGCAAGAUGGCUGCUGCUGAGGACGACUGUGGUGUCGCGGCCGACGCGGACCGGGAAUUGGAAGAGCUUCUGGAAAGUGCUCUUGACGAUUUCGAUAAGGCCAAACCCUCCCCAGCACCCCUUCCUACCACCACGGCCCCUGAUGCUUCGGGGCCCCAGAGGAGAUCGCCAGGAGACACUGCCAAAGAUGCCCUCUUCGCCUCCCAAGAGAAGUUUUUCCAGGAACUAUUCGACAGCGAGCUGGCUUCCCAAGCCACUGCAGAGUUCGAGAAGGCAAUGAAGGAGUUGGCUGAGGAAGAACCUCACCUGGUAGAGCAGUUCCAGAAGCUCUCAGAGGCCGCAGGGAGAGUGGGCAGUGAUGCGACCUCCCAACAAGAAUUCACUUCUUGCCUAAAGGAGACACUAAGCGGACUAGCCAAAAAUGCCACUGAUCUGCAGCACUCAGGCAUGUCGGAGGAGGAGCUGACCAAGGCCAUGGAAGGGCUGGGCAUGGACGAGGGGGAUGGGGAGGGGAACGUCCUCCCCAUCAUGCAGAGCAUCAUGCAGAACCUUCUGUCCAAGGAUGUGCUCUACCCCUCACUGAAGGAGAUCACGGAGAAGUAUCCAGAAUGGUUGCAGAGUCACCGGGAUUCUCUGCCUCCAGAGCAGUUUGAAAAAUAUCAGGAACAACACGGUGUCAUGGGCAAGAUAUGUGAGCAGUUUGAGGCAGAGACCCCCACAGACAGUGAGGCCACGCAGAAGGCUCGUUUUGAGAUGGUGCUGGAUCUCAUGCAGCAGCUGCAGGAUUUGGGCCACCCUCCAAAGGAGCUGGCUGGGGAGAUGCCACCUGGCCUCAACUUUGACCUGGAUGCCCUCAAUCUCUCAGGUGCACCAGGUGCCAAUGGUGAACAGUGUCUGAUCAUGUGAAACACAACGUUUUCUUCCCUGAUUGCCAGCCGUGGGGAACAUCCCGGAGUCAAUAGAACCACUGGGAGCUGAGGCGGGAGUGCCGUUUGCAGGAGCAGUCUGUCCACUGCCCUCUGUCAGCCCGCCCAAGAUGGUGCCAUACCAGAUGAGGCGUGUUCUCUUCCUAGGAAUCACGUAGGCCAUUUCUGUGAGCCGGUCCGUUGUGGCUUCUGCUGCUAGCAAAGGCCCAGCUACCUACUAGGGGAAGGAAGGCAUCCCUUUGGGGGCACAUACCUUCUUCCCUCUACCCCGGAUAAUGGAUGUUAUUUAUGGCUACACACCUUAGCACCCAGGGUCUUCGUGCCUUGUCCCUACUCCCUCUCUUGAACCUGGGGGGCAGGGACAGAGUCCUGGGGCUCUGUAUUUCCAGUUCUCCUGGGCAAGGCCUUUCGGGAAGAAUGGGGAGAGACUUAGCCUUGUCUGGGACCGUGUCAUCAUGCCUUCUUACCUUGAGACAGACUGUUGUGAAUUCUCUGAAGGUAAAAGAAGUGGGGGCUUUUGCAUCCAAACACAGUAGAGUUGAAAGAGAAGCCCUGGGAUUAUCUUCUGUCCAGGUGCUGAGCCUUCAACUCCCCUUGCCAGCUGAGAACUCAAGUUGCUGCCCUGGUUCUUUCUACAGUGCGAUGUGAUCUUGGUGAACCCAGCCCUUGACCCUCCUUUGCCCCCAGCCUCUCCUCUUAUCUCCUCAAUACCUGUUUAUUCCGACCCUCCUCUGAACCCAAGCUGUGAACAAAGGAGGGCCCAUCCAGUUCCCCUCCUCCAGACCACACACCACUCUCCUUGGCCCCUUUUCUCUCAGGCAGACAUGUAUAGUUUUAGUUUACGGUAUAGGAAAUGAAUGAGUCUUCUUCCCUAAUGUACAUUCUGGCUUGAUUGAGGCAUCUGAUUCCUUUGAAUCCUGUCCCUUGAUUCAGGGAGGUGGCUUAGGAAAGCAGCCUGGGCCCUUUUUCCUGACUAAUAAAUAUUCUGAGUGAGGA